GGGGUUGUUGAGGACUCAGAUGCAGGACGAUAGAUGAGGCACGAAGUUCAAACAAGUAUUUAAUAACAAACAAAAUGCUCUGCAAGCAUGGCAGGAAAAUACAAAAUCGAAAAAAUCAAAAGAAAUCAACAUGACAUGGAAACAUGGAAACUGGAACAUGACGUGGAAACAUGGAACAUGGCAUGAAGACAUGGAGCUAACAUUAAGGAUGCAACAAGGAACAAAGGGAAAGGCAGGCCGAUAUAUAUACACAUGAGGACUGAGGGAUGACAAGACACUGGUGAGACACAUGAGGGCAAUCAACGCAUGUGAAACCAAUUUACAAUCACGAGACAAGGAGGCACUAACAGGAAACCCAGAAACUUAACAAAAUAAAACAGGAAACACAAUACAUGACCCAGACACACAUGACCAACCACAAGGAGACAGGACAGACAGGAAACGAGAUAACUUGACAAAAUAAAACAGGGAACUUCAAAACAUGAUCACAAAAUAAAAGACAGACAAUGAACCUUGACAGAGGCGGUUCGAGUUUGUUCAGUGUCCUGGGCAAAUUUUAGUAAUGUACACUACAUAAUGGUUAAUAUUUACAAAUAGUAUACAGAACAGAUUUGCGGUGAAUGUUCUUGUUUAAGUAUAAUGCAUUUGAAUCUUUAUUCUAUAUUUAAAAUACUGUGAAUGUUUACAGUACUCCUUGGUUCCUCUAAGUGUCACCAUAAAACAACAGACUGGUGUGAAGGGAAUAAAAAUGACAGACAUUUUGUGGGCGUUACAGUGGUUGUUAAAUGUAGUCAGUUUGAGAUGUGUGAUAUUUGCGACAAUCACCUUGGCAAUCAAGACUCCACCUCCACCUAAUAAAGAUCAGAGACCGAAAUCUAAAGAACAGAGUGUGCUGUGGACAGCCAAGAUGUCAAGGCUGUGGCUUUUCAUUUUUCUGUACUGGGCAUGGAGCCCUCAGUGUCUUCCGUCCACUGUUAGCUACAUUGGUACACCACAGGAGUGUGAAAAGGCUCCCUUUGUCCCUGGUUACAAUCUGGGUGGAGAAGGCUUUGACAUCGUCACAAUGAAGAGGAAAGGCGCCUAUGUCAUCGACACUGAAUCGUGGAAACUUGGAGACGGCACUUGCAGGUUGUACAGUAACACCUACAUGAAUCAAGUGAAACAGAAGGUCCCGGUCGCUGUGCUGGAUUGGAGAGUCCUCCCCAAAUGCAGUUUAACAGUCUCCAGCACAGCCUAUGAUUCUGUUGAGACCCUUGUCAAUGAUUCCACAUCAUCUGUGUCCAAUGACUGGAAAGUUGGCCUUGACAUCUCUGUAGAUUCUUCUGACACUGUUGGGGUUAGUUUGGGAGGUUCCCACUCCAGAGAAUCAAUGCUUGCCAUGCAGAAAUCCAAACAAGACCGCUACUCCUUCUUUCGUCAUUCAGUCCACUGUAGCUACUAUAGCUACAGACUGGCAACAAAUCCUCCAUUGAGCCAUGAGUUUGACUCAGCUGUGAAUUCCCUUCCCUCCUAUUCCCCUGCAACUGUGCAAUUGUAUCACGAUUUGAUUGACACAUAUGGUACACAUUACAUCACACAAGUGUCUCUAGGAGGAGAAAUCAAGGCCAUCACUUCUGUGAAAACCUGCGCAGCCACCAUCAAUGGACUGUCGGAAACAGAGGUCAAGGAUUGUCUUGAAGUUGAGGCCUCCGCUAGCUUUGCCAGCACUGCCAGGAUUAAGGCCAUGACCAAACACUGUCAAGAUAAGAAAAAGUUAGGCCAAAGUUUCAGCAACACAUUUAAUGAGCGGAGCACAGAGGUGAUCGGUGGACACAUUGAUGGAGCCGAUGUCCUCUUUCAGGGACUCUCUUUCUCUGUCUAUAAAAAUUGGAUUGACGGUCUGAAAUCAAUUCCUGAUGUUGUUCGAUAUAACUUAAAGCCUCUGCACACCAUACUACCAAGUAGUCAUCCUGCCAGGUCUGGACUGAAGCAAGAGGUGGAGAAGUACAUCAAGAAAAAUGCAGUGUUGCAUAAAUGUUCAGAAAGUUGUAAGAUUGGUCACAGGUCUAACAAAAGAGAUCCUUGUGCUUGUGUCUGUACUGGUAGCCAGACUGUGAAGUCAAACUGCUGUCCUGCUAAGAAAGGUCUGGCUACAUUAACGGUAUUCAAUCUUUAUGCACAGGGUUUGUAUGGUGACAGAAUCACUCAGACAGAUGGUUCAGUGGAGGUUAAAUAUGGUGACCAGACAAAGCGUACUGCUAUUAUCUUGAAUAAUGACAAUCCUAAAUGGCAUGAGAAGUUUCAGUUUGGACCAGUUACUAUUGACAUGAAAAACAAACUCAGGUUCCGUAUUUAUGAUGAGGACACUUACUGGAACAGAGACCUGCUUGGUGAGUGUUCAUUUGAUCUGUAUAGUGGGACAAGGACAGAUAGCUGCAUGUUAAAUCAUGGUACCUUCUUCUUCUCCUACAUUGUGGAGUGUGCACCAAGUCUUGGUGGUGACCAGUGUCAGGAUUAUGAUCCCUCUCCCAUGAAUGCACUCUUGGCCAAGGUCUUCUACACCAGAAAUGGGGUCCUUGCUGGAGGUACUGGCACUUCAUCUGCCAAAUCAGUCAGUGAGUCAGGUUGAGGCAGCUGUUGAUGUGAGAUGAGGUGAAUAAGGAUUUGAUUUAACAGUAAAUAUUUACUUGUAGUUCAUAGCAUUCUUUCUCUGACCUGUUUCUGCAAAUAUAAUUAGGUUCCCCAAAAUGUUCAUUUGGUGGAACCUAGAAUUCUAAUCCACUGUUUUAUGCUUCCUUCUUCUAUUUUUACAACAUAUGACAAUAAAGCAUCA